GUCAGAGUUGGCACUUUGCAGAUUAUGUAAUCGUACCUGUAACAACGUCAGCGAUGUGCCAACGUUGUGUCCAGUCACAUCGUCUCAGCAGUAACAGGCAAAAGUGUGAUUAUAGUCGUAUGAAAUGGGUUACAAGUUAAUUUUGUUUCUAGGUAGUGUGAGAGAGGGGCGUAAUGUUGCACGAAUUGCUCCUUUCAUUAAAAAAAAUCUUGAAGAGCGAGGCCAUAAUAUCACCGUUUUCGAUCCUAUCGAAAUGGAAUUUCCAAUGUUGAAAAAACCAUUGCACUUUUACGCUCCAAACGAGACCCCUCCAGAUUGGUUAGUAAAAUAUAAUAAAAUCGUUGAAGAUGCAGAUGGAUACGUAGCUAUUACGGCCGAAUAUAAUAGAUGUAUUGCUCCUGCAUUAGCCAACAUGAUGGACCAUUUUCCUAUUAAAUCCUUCAAGUGCAAACCAUGCAGCAUUGUCUGUUAUUCAAUGGGUCCUUUCGGCGGAACUCAAGCGGCAAUGCAAUUAAGAUACUUCUUAGGUGAACUAGGAAUGGUGACUCCGCAGUUCAUAUUCGCUACUCCUUUCGUUCAUCAAGCAUUUAAAGAGGACGGCACUCCGCUAACCGAUAAAGCACAGACUGGUGUGGAAAAAUUGGCGAAAGAGUUGGAAUGGUACUGUGCUGCAUUAAAGAGUCACAGAGAUAAAUACGGAUCUGCAGAAUAAUUUGUUUACUUUGUAGUUUGUACUAAGCUUUUCGAUACACGACACGAUUCCAUUGUGAGAUUUGUUGAGAUUAUUCUUUUAAAUUAUCUAAUCUAGAUGAUAGAUGUGAUAUUCUUUUAGAUGAACUUUACUAUUAAAAUAUUAUUUCACAUUUA